AUGAAAAGCCUUUUAUUGAUAGGUUUGAGUUCAGAAAAUCAUCCAAAUGAAUUGAACAAAGACCCCAACAAUGUUCAGUAUGCAAGUAAUGCCUCGUGGGCUGCAAUAUCCCAUUAUCCAGCUUUGCAGCAUUUGAAGAACAAAUUUGUACUUCAUGGAUUAUUGAACUCAAAUGAAGAGAAAGGCAAAAAGAUUGCAAAGAUUCUAGAACACUCAGACCCUAAUUUAAAAAUUUAUCGUUCAGAAGAAGAAGUGGUUCAGAAUCACAAGGAUAUUGAUAUUGCAGUUGUAAGUGUUAAUGUACGCUAUCAUUUUAAAAUUAUCAUGAACUUAAUAGAUUCACCUAUGUUAAUAUAUUCUGAAUGGCCUUUAGCAAAGUCGUUAAAUGAGUCGGAAACAAUUUUGUCCUCGAGGAAGAAUAAUGCUAAAUCAACUAUUGUGGGCCUUCAAUCUAGAAAAGCUCCUCAGAUUUUAAUGGCUAAACGUCUUAUUGAGUCUGGUGCGUUAGGAAGAGUUCUCAGAACAAGGGCUAUAGGGUAUUGUGGUGCUAUUUUUAAUGGUCAAAUUCUUGAGGGUAGUGAAGAUUUUUAUUUAAAUCCUGAGAAUGGUCAUACUCUUUUCAGUAUACCUUUCGCUCACUUGUUUGAUGCUAUAAUGUACACCCUUGGGUCAUAUCCUAAGAAACUUUUCGCUGAAAUUUUAAAUAGAAAUCCUGAGUAUGUUGAGGUUAAUAAAGAGGGGAUUGCCACAGGGAGAGUAAAAAAGAAUGAAAGUCCAAAUGACGUACUUGUUGCAGGUACAUUUGAAAAUGAUGUGACUGUAUCUGUGAAUGCCAUUCCCGGUGUACCGCUUUGUAAAGAAUCGCCAGGACUAAAGUGGGAGAUUUUUGGGACCGAAGGGUACAUCCUAAUUGAAUCACAAUCGUGUUUUGUGGAAUUGAAUAAACUAACACUAAAAUAUUUUGAUCAGAAUGGGAAUAUGACAUUUUCCGAUAUGAAAGACUACAAUCCUUUUGCACAGAAUGUGGCACAAAUGUACGAAGCGAUUGAACCAAACCAUGAAGCACAAAGGUUCGCAUUUUCCGGAGUACCAACUUUUAAAGAUGCAGUAAUUUUACACAGAAUCCUUGAUAAGCUCAUGUUAUCUUCAACUGAAGGAGUUGUGAAUUUCACAGAAGAUGAUUUUUACAAAUUCUAA